AUGGCUUCAAGAAAGUUAUUCUUCCCUCGUCUAGAGAGACUUACAAUCAAUGAUUGUCCGAAUCUGAAGGGAUGGUGGAAGAGGAAUGGGCCUACUGGUUUAACACCAACAACAUCCAUGAUACACCAAAACCAAAAUGAACCUUUCUUCCCUUGUCUUUCUCAUCUAAACAUCUCUGGUUGCCCUAACCUAAUUUUCAUGCCACUGUUUCCAAAUAUUGAAUCUUCAAAACUUUGCAAAAUUGGCUUUAUACCUUUCCAACAGACCGCAGUGCCAAUGAAAUCUAUUUUUUCUUCUUGUUCAUCUCCCAAUCCUUUUACCCCAAUCCGUCUUCCCAGGUUGCAAUAUUUGGAGCUUGAAGAUUUGGAAGAUAUAGAACAUACGCUCUUAUCUGUACUUAGCUUUCUAAAUAUUGAGAAUUAUUGCAAACUGGAUAAUUUACCAAAGGAGAUAGCCAACCUCUCAUCGCUAAAGUUCCUCUUCGUUGGUGACUGCCCCAAUUUGACAUCAUUGCCAAAGGGAAUAGGCAACCUCUCAGCACUUAACAGUCUUUAUAUCUGGAGAUGCUCCAAUCUUUCAUCAUUGCCGCAAGAGAUAGCUAAUCUCUCAUCACUUACAGAGCUUCGUAUUGAAAGGUGUACUAAGUUGGAAUCACUGCCAGAAGGGAUGCACAGUCUCAACUCUUUAUCCAAACUAGACAUCUCUGAAUGCCCCAGUUUAGAAUCAUUGCCGGAAGGGAUAAGCAAUGUCUCAUCACUUAUAACUCUUUCUAUUAAGGCAUGUUGUAAGUUGGUAUCACUUCCAGAAGGGAUGCAUGGUCUCACCUCUUUAAAGGAUCUCGACAUUAAAGAAUGUCCUAGUUUGGAAGCAUUAUCAGAAGGGAUAGCCAAUCUUUCAUCACUUAGAAGUCUUACUCUGGAAAGUUGUGAUAAGUUGGCAUUAUUGCCGCAAGGCAUAGGCAAUCUCUCGUCACUUAAAAGUCUUGCUUUACAAAGGUGUGAUAAUUUGGCAACACUGCCACAAGGGCUGCAUGGUCUUACCUCUUUGGAUCAGCUAAAUAUUAGAGAAUGCCACAAUUUAGAAUCAUUGUCAGAAGGGAUAGUUAAUCUCUCAUCGCUUACAUAUCUCAGUAUUGAAAAAUGUCACAAGUUGGCAGCACUGCCACAAGGGCUGCAUGGCCUCACCUCCUUAACCCAUCUGUACAUCGAAGAAUGUCCCAAUUUACAUUCAUUGCCAGAAGGGAUAUGUAAUCUCUCAUCACUUGUACAUCUUAGUCUUGAAAGAUGUGAUAAGUUGGCAACACUGCCACAAGAGCUGCAUCGUCGCACCUCUUUAAAACUACACAUUGCAAAAUGCCCUCUUUUAUCCCAAAGAAUCAAUGAUGAUAGAAUACGGCUCUGCUCAACUUGUGUACAGGAUAAUGAGAAGUUUAUGCGAGAUAUACAAGUUUGUUCGGAUGUCAUACAUUCCUUGCAACUAUUGCAGAAUGUGAAUUCAACCUUAGUUGUUGGAGGAAAUAAUUGGUGGUGUGCUAUACGUUUUGAACAAGAAUACGGGUGA